AUCUUAUCUCCAUCAUUCUCAAACAUUCUCAAAAACAUGCACCCCACGUUGUUCCAACCAUUCACUAAACUAAGAAUUAACACCAAAAGUUUCUUUCAUUCUACAUCAAGCAAAAACACUUUGCCUCCACCUCUUCUCCCUUUCUCUGCAUCAACUUUUCCUUCAUUGUCAGUUUGUCACCUCACCUCUAACCCCAUAUCUUUUUCUUGGUUAAUGGUCAUAAGUUUCAGUUCUUAAUUGAGAUUAUACAUUUUGUUUGAAUCAAGAAAAAUAUUGGUUCGAGCACUCUACGUAGAUAAUGAGAUCUACAGUUGUUGCCCUGUCAUGUUUUAAUGGAAUGUUGUGGAAUUGAAAGACAGACAAACGUGAAGCAUGAUUCUUGAAACGAAAAACAAUUCAAUGGCUGGGGGCAGGGCGCUUAAAUGUAAUGAGACUUUCAAGUCACGAUUGGCCAAUGAUUCAGGUGUCGCGUCUAGCCCUCGCGCCCAACAGAACCAGCCUUCAGAUAUGGAGCUAAUGAAGGAAAAGUUUGCAAAGUUGCUCCUUGGUGAGGAUAUGUCUGGUGGAGGAAAGGGUGUCUCUUCUGCGCUGGCUUUGUCAAAUUCAAUCACAAACCUAGCAGCUUCCGUUUUUGGAGAACUGAAGAGAUUAGAGCCAAUGCCAGCCGAGACAAAAGCCAAAUGGAGAAAAGAAAUUGGUUGGCUUUUAUCAGUCACAGAUCACAUUGUUGAAUUUGUUCCUUGUAAUCAAAAAUCAAAAGAUGGAACAAACAUGGAGGUUAUGAUAACAAAGCAGCGAUCCGAUCUUCAAAUGAACAUUCCAGCACUACGCAAGCUAGAUGCAAUGCUUGUUGAUUGCUUAGAUAGCUUUAAGGAUCAAAGUGAGUUUUCCUAUGUAUCGAAAGAUGAUCAAUCAGAGGAUGGAAAAAACAGCAGGAAUGAUGACAAAUGGUGGAUACCGACUCCUAAGGUUCCUCCUAACGGCUUAUCUGAUCCUAUGAGGAAAUGGCUGCAAUUUCAGAAGGAUUCAGUAAACCAAGUUCAUAAAGCAGCCAUGGCUAUAAAUGCUCAAGUCCUGUCAGAAAUGGAGAUCCCAGAAAGUUAUAUAGAAUCCCUACCCAAGAAAGGGAGAGCAAGCCUAGGAGAUUCGAUAUACAAAAGCAUCACUGAUGAGUACUUUGAUCCGGAUUACUUCUUCACAACUAUGGACUUGUCUUCAGAACAUAAAAUUGUAGACCUAAAGAACAGGAUCGAGGCUUCUGUAGUUAUUUGGAGAAGAAAAAUGAACGCUAAAGAUGGGAAAUCAACCUGGGGUUCAGCUGUUAGUUUUGAGAAGAGAGAAAUCUUUGAAGAAAGAGCUGAGCUUGUCCUGCUGAUUCUUAAGCAGCGCUUCCCUGGAAUUCCUCAGUCAACACUUGACAUUAGUAAAAUCCAAUACAACAGAGAUUUGGGGCAAGCUGUUUUAGAAAGUUAUUCAAGAAUAAUAGAAAGCAGGGCAUUCACAAUCAUGUCGCGAAUUGAAGAUGUUCUCCAAGCAGAUGCGAGGGCCCAAAAUCCUUCCAAUGGAGAAGUAAAGAAAUCACUACCAGAUACAGAAGAAGUAGGGAAAACACUAUUGGACUUCAUCGGUUGGUCAGCGGACCAAGAAGAUAACAACACAAAGAAAGAUUUGAAGGAGGACUCAACUAAAGAUGUUGAUUCAAAGUUACUAUGCAAACCUCAUAACAUAGUCACCAACAAGAGAUUUUCUUACCUAGAGAACUUAGGUAUGUGUAGAAGUCCAACAGCCCGUCACUAACUGAUGGCAGUGCAGAAUAUUAAUUAACUCAUUGAAGUGUGAGAGCUCAGCCUCAAAUGUACAUGUUGAGAUGGAUCGCAACCAUCUAGGAUUUAACUAAGCCAUUCCUUUUUGUACGUAGGGAAAGUUAGUAGACCUACUGGGUCUGUGGCACUUCAUUUGAAGUGAUUUACUCUGUACAAGACGUUACCUCGUUAAAGAACAACGUGAAUUUUUGAACA